UUUGUCGUCAAAUGUCAAAGGAAUUUGAAGGAAGCGUGUGGAUUUUUCCAAAUAAUUUCAUUACAGUUAUCACUAUGUUGUUGUAUAAUAAUUGCAUUUAAUCGAUCGAUCGAUCACAAAGAUGGCUAGGCACCGUAAUAUAAGGAAUAGGAGGGACUCUGACGAUUAUGAUUACGACGACGUUUAUGGACAUUCAGUUGAAGAAGACAGCUGUUUGUCCCCAAGUGAUACAUCACAGUGGAUAUAUGAUCGUUCGCGAAACCAUCAUGCAAUUUCAAGCUUCUUAGAUAGCCACGAUGAUAUUCAAGAAGAGGCAGAGGAAGAUACGGCAGAACAAACACGACCAGAACUUGAACGACGUGAGUCUACAGAUAUACGAAAUCUAGCCCUUACGGACGCUGACGAGGCAAAGCUAUUAUCGUGUUUAGAUGAACUGCGAGAUAUAUUAGGUGAUACUGUAUCCGAAAAUGUGCUUAUUCAAACAGUGCUCACUAAUAAAUUUGACUUUGCCAAGGCUUUAGAUGAAAUCUUAAACAGAAAUAAAAACAAAGAUAAAGAGCCUGAAAAAGUCGUAUCAAAGCCCCCGCCUGUCGUAUUAAUCGAGUCAGCUAAACCAGUUGUCUCAAACAUUGAUAAAACCCCUAAAGUUAUUGCAAUAAAUGUAGAGCCAAAAGUUGGAGUUAUAAAAGGUUUUAAAGUUGAACAAGAUGGAGGCUCUGGGAGUCGACCCCAAACACCGAGGGACCAGUCGCCAGCUACUGAAAGGACAAUUCAAAUACCUAGCAAAGUAAAAGAAAAAAUAGAUCCUAAUAAACAAUAUUCUAAUGAAAGAGGCUCAGAGAAAGAUCAUUUGUACAUAGUUGUAAUUGGACAUGUAGAUGCGGGAAAAUCAACACUUAUGGGACGUCUGCUUUGUGAAUUAGGAGAAGUAAGUCAAAGAACUUUACAUAAAUAUGAACAGGAGAGUAAAAAGAUUGGUAAGCAAAGUUUUAUGUAUGCUUGGGUUUUGGAUGAAACUGGAGAAGAAAGAGUGCGAGGUAUCACAAUGGAUGUGGGGAGAGCACAGUUUGAAACAAAGACAAAGAAGGUUAUUAUUCUGGAUGCCCCUGGACAUGCUGACUUCAUACCUAACAUGAUAACUGGAGCAGGACAAGCAGAUGUUGCCCUUUUGGUAGUUGAUGCAACAAGAGGAGAGUUUGAAUCAGGAUUUGAACUUGGAGGACAAACAAGAGAGCAUGCUUUGUUAGUCAGGUCCUUAGGUAUUAGUCAGCUUACUGUUGCAGUUAACAAACUUGACACAGCCAAUUGGUCAGAGGAAAGAUUUAAUGAAAUACUCAAUAAAUUAAAGUUAUUCUUAAAACAAGCUGGAUUCAAGGAAUCUGAUGUCACAUUUGUGCCUUGCUCGGGUUUGACUGGUGAAAACCUUGUUAAACCUCCAACAGAGUUGGAGCUAUGCAAAUGGUAUAAAGGACCUUGUCUUUUAGAUGUCAUUGAUCAAUGUAAUGUCCCAGUGAGGCCAGUUGCAAAGCCAUUGCGAAUAACAAUAAAUGAUAUAUUUAAAGGUACAGGAACAGGAUUUUGUGUCGCUGGUCGAAUUGAAAAUGGAGUUUUAAACAAAGGUGAUAAAGUUCUUGUUUGUCCUAUCAAAGAAAUUGCUGAAGUUAAAGGUAUAAGUAUCAAUGACUUGUCCAGUAAUGUUGCAUUUGCAGGAGAUCAAGUGAGUGUCACUCUGUCAGGAGUUGACAUACAGAAUGUUGCUGUUGGUUUUGUAUUGAGUGAUCCUGUACAGCAAGUCCCAGUCAGCUCACGUUUUGAAGCUAGAUUGGUAGUGUUUAAUGUGAAGGUACCUAUAACAAAAGGUUACCCAGUUCUAAUACAUCACCAGUCAUUGGUGGAAUCUGCUAAUAUUGUAAAAUUAAAAGCAUUAUUAAAUAAGAGUACUGGUGAAGUAUUGAAAAAGAAGCCUCGUUGUUUAGGAAAUAAUUCAGUGGCGGUUGUUGACAUUGAGGUAUGCAGACCAAUUUGCAUAGAGAGGUACAAAGAUGUUAAAGAACUGGGACGGAUCAUGCUUAGAGUUGCGGGAGUCACAAUCGCAGCAGGACUUAUCACAGAUAUUUACAACAUCUGAUCUAUAUUUCAGCCAUAGAUACCCAUACUAUCUAAUAAUUUAUAUUUUCAAUAUAUAGGAAAUGUUUAUAUAUAUGCGACAUAAAUAUUAUCACAAUAUUAAUAUAUUCAUUGCCCAAACCUGCUGAAUAUAUGUACAAGAAGG